UGUCCCAGGGGCUUCCGCCGCCACCGCCGCGGAGAUUCCCAAGAUGGCGGCGCUGACUGAGAGGGGGUACGCGCUGUCCUGCGGGCGCCUCGGCCGCGGCACACGAAUCUCUGUCUUCCACGUCAAGCUGACCGAUUCGGCCCUGCGAGCCUUUGAGGCCUACCAGGGACGCAAGGAUUCUGUGGGUUUGAAGCCAUCAAUCCAGUUUCAAGGAAGCCAAGGGCACAUCUCAAUACCGAGACCAGACUGCCCAACAGGAGUUCGGACAUUUUCCUUUUAUCUCUCUAAUAUUGGCAAGGACAGCCCUCAGGGGAGUUUUGAUUGCAUCCAGCAGUAUGUGUCCAGCAAUGGGAACAUUCAGCUGGAUUGCCUUGGCAGCGUCCAGGACAAAAUCACAGUCUGCGCCACCGACGAAUCCUACCAAAAGGCAAAGCAGAGCAUGGCCCUGGUGGAAGAGGAAACACGGAGCCGGGGCGCCAUUGUCAUCAAACCUGGAGGGCGCUACGUUGGAAAGACCGUUAAAAUGCGUAAGCCUGCACCAGGGGUUUCCGACACUGUUCCCUCACGGAUACGCCCAACACCUGUCAACCUCGCCAGCGCCAUCAAGAAGGGCAACAGUGCCGUCUCCCAGAGGCCUUUCAAAGAUAGGGUGAUGCACUUGCUGGCUCUCAAGCCUUAUAAGAAACCAGAGCUCCUCCUUAGGUUGCAAAAAGAUGGCCUUUCUCUGCAGGAUAAGGAUUCCUUGGACAGCCUCUUGCAGCAGGUUGCGAAUGUAAAUGCCAAAGACAGCACGUGCACCCUGAAAGAUUACCUUUACAAAGAAGUGCAGAAGGACUGGCCCGGCUACUCAGAAGGAGACCAGCAGCUGCUGAAUAGAAUCCUUUUCCGGAAACUCUUCCAGCCACAGAAUCCCAGCUGCGUCCCUGAGAAUUCUGCUCCCAGUCCUCCAAGGGACACCGCACACAUUUCCUCCUCCCCUCCCCAGAAGCGAUCCCAGCCCCUGGACUUUAUUGACCCCCUCGCCAACAAAAAGCCAAGGAUCUCUCACUGUGCCCAAAGGACUCAGCCCACUUUCAACGGCAAACUCAACUCUGCCAACGGAAAGGAGACUGCUUUGCCCACAAUGGUGGCGGCUAAUUCAGUUAGCUCCAGCUCUCUUUUGCCCACUCUGGAGCUACCCAGGCCUCAUGACCCGCUUGCCGAUGUCAGCAACGAUCUGAACCACAACGGCAAAGACUUUGAGAUGUCGGAGCCGGCCGAGAGGCGGACAGCAAGCCGGUCGGCCGCAGACCCUGCCCAGAUGAGCAAACACAAUUGUGCGCCACACUCAAAAUCCAGGAAGAAGAAACAUAAGGAGCGAGAAAGGAAGGAGGAGCAGCAACAGGUCCACGAGAAGCCAAACUGUGAACUAAAGAAGGGUGGCUCCAAAAUGAGCCCCUCGCAAGACAGUGCAGGUUUAAACAGGACAUGCAACAGCUCCAGUGUUCCAUCUUCUACUUCAGGCAGGCCAGACUACUUGCUAAAAUACGGUGCCAUCUCUUCCUCGGAGCAACGUCAGAGCUACAAGAAUGAUUUCAACGCGGAGUACGGCGAGUAUCGUGACCUGCAUGCUCGUAUUGAGCGGAUAACUCGACGGUUCAUGGAGCUGGAUUCAGAACUAAAGCAGCUUUCUCAGGGCUCGGAAGAAUACAAGACUAUCCAUGAUCAGAUCUUGCAAGAAUACCGAAAAAUUAAAAAGACUAAUCCAAAUUACAGCCAGGAAAAAAACCGCUGUGAAUAUCUCCACAACAAACUGGCCCAUAUCAAAAAACUCAUAGCUGAAUACGACCAACAGCAGAUUCAGUCUUGGCAUUGAGCCUGGGGGCUGAGUGAGACACCCAGAUGGACGUCAACCUGUGAACAAGUCCCACAGCGAGGGAAAAGUCACUCUCAGCUUCCUGGGCUCAGUGACUCCAGGAUUUAAUCCCCGUCAGAAGUCCAUCACUGUACUGUACACACCCAGGAACCAAUGUGGCUUAAUCUCAGCAUUUUAAACUCUGUCUCUUCCCAGAUAUUAAAAAAAAACCCAGUUAAAGAAAGGAAAGUUUGCUUAUUCUUAGAUGCCAGCAAAUGAACCUUCCUCCCUAAAAAUUGACUGUUCUUAUUCUCCCCACCUUCCACUGCAGGUUCAGUUUUAGAGUCGGAAACAAAGAUUGUCUGAGCUCUGUUGCAAAUUCUACCAGCUGGAGGGGGAGAAACUCAUAUUCCUGGGGUGGGAGGGAACAACUCCAUAUACAAACCUGUCUGUCCACUGUCCAUUAAAUUCUUGCAUAACUCACUGCUUUCUUGUUUGUAUUUCCGCAAUCUCCCCGCUUUCCUUCCUGGCCAGGGUUUAGUGAGCCGAUCAGGAGCCAGAUGCUGCUUUAAUGUCCCUAGCAUGGCUGGCCAUUGUCAGAGAAGUUUGUUCAACUUUCCUGCCUUCUCCAUGCAGCAGCUUAGUUUUAUGAAUUUCCAACUGCCCAGACAGAAUCUGUAUCUGGGCAUUCAUUUUAAAAGAGGGGGAUCUUAAGAAUGAGGAUCCCCUGUUUCUGUGAUCAAGAUGAAAAGUCUUGUUUCACUGGGAAUGAACCUCAGACCUUUCUGUGGUCUUAUUUGGUGGGACCUUUAACCCUCCCCUUGUGGGUCUGAGCUCCCAUUUUUUUUAACUGAACUUCUCCAAAGGGAACAGCACAAAAUCAAAGGUCCUACUAGAGAGGAUGCUUUGUUUCUGAAGAAUAUAUCCAAUUUGUUUUUUUUUUUCUCCGUUUGAUUCCUUUCCCCCUCCCUCCCGCUCCCAAAAAACCCCCAAGAAUUCAGGCAGA